AUGGACAACAUGUCUGGAGCCAGACUCCGGACUCAGCAGAGGAGCCGCCAGAGUGGCCGGGAGACCAGUCUGUGGUCCUCAGGCUUGGGGAUGAAGCUGGAGGCUGUCACCCCUUUCCUGGGGAAAUAUCGCCCCUUUGUGGGUCGCUGCUGCCAGACCUGUACCCCCAAGAGCUGGGAGUCCCUCUUCCACAGAAGUAUAAUGGAUCUGGGCUUCUGCGAUGUGAUCCUAGUGAAGGAGGAGAACACCAGGUUUCGGGGUUGGCUGGUUCGGAGGCUCUGCUAUUUCUUGUGGUCCCUGGAGCAGCACAUACCCCCCUGCUGGGAUGCCCCACAGAAGGUCAUGGAAAGCACUGGGGUACAGAACGUCAUCUCAGGGAGGGCUCCAGCAGGGGCUGGGGAAGGCCAGGUACCCGAUCUUGUGAAGAAAGAGGUACAGCGCAUCCUGGGCCACUUCCAGACCCCACCCCGCCCCUUCCUGCUCAGGCUGUUCAGCUGGGUGGUGCUGAAGGUCCUGAACUGUCUCUUCCUGAACGUGCAGCUGCACAAGGGCCACAUGAAGAUGGUCCGUAAGGCAGCCCAGGCGGGCUCACCACUCGUGCUCCUUUCCACCCAUAAGUCGCUCCUGGAUGGGGUCCUGCUGCCCUUCGUGCUGCUCUCCCAGGGCCUGGGUGUGCUCCGCGUGGCUUGGGACCCCCGCACCUGCUCCCCUGUCCUCAGAGCUCUGCUGAGGAAGCUUGGGGGGCUUUUCCUGCCCCCAGAGGCCACCCUGUCCCUGGAUAGCUCUGAUGGAGUCCUUGCAAGGGCCGUGGUCCAUGCGGCUGUGGAGCAGCUGCUGGUCAGCGGGCAGCCCCUGCUCAUCUUCUUGGAGGAGCCCCCUGGGACCCAGGGGCCUCGGCUGUCAGCCCUGGGCCAGGCCUGGCUGGGACUGGUGGUGCAGGCCGUCCAAGUGGGCGUUGUCCCAGAUGCUAUGCUGGUGCCAGUGGCCAUCACCUAUGACCUGGUUCCAGAUGCACCAUGUGACACAUACCAUGCCACAGCCCCACUGGGGCUGUGGACAGGAAUGCUGGCUGUUCUGAGGAGCCUACGAGGCUGGUGCCGUGGCCGCCGGGUCUGCGUUCGUGUGCACCUGGCCCAGCCCUUCUCCCUGCGGGAAUAUGCUGUUAAUGCCCGAAGCUGCUGGGGCAGCAGACAGACCCUGGAGCAGCUGCUGCAGCCCAUCGUGCUGGGCCAGAGCACUGUUGUUCCAGAUACCGAGAAGGAGCAGGGAUGGACCCCAGUGACUGGGCCCCUUCUGGCCCUCAAGGCAGAGGACCAGCUCCUGGUCAGGAGGCUGAGCCGUCACAUCCUGAAUGCCAGUGUGGCGAGCUCUGCGGUGAUGAGCACGGCCAUUACAGCAACGCUGCUGCUGUUCAAGCACCAGAAGGGCGUGUUCCUUUCGCAGCUCCUGGGGGAGUUCUCUUGGCUGACAGAGGAGACGCUGCUGCGGGGCUUUGACGUGGGCUUCUCAGGGCAACUGAGGGGCCUGGUGUGGCACACGCUGAGCCUGCUGCAGGCGCAUGUGGCUCUGCUGCGUGUCCACCAAGGGGACUUGCUGGUGGUGGUGCGGCCCGGCCCAGGCCUUACGCACCUGGCUCGCCUGAGCGCUGAGCUGCUGCCCGCCUUCCUGAGCGAGGCCGUGGGUGCCUGUGCAGUGCGAGCGCUGCUGGCAGGCAGAGUGCCACCAGAGGGCCCCUGGGAGCUGCAGGGUAUCGAGUUGCUGAGCCAGAAUGAGUUGUACCGCCAGGUCCUGCUGCUACUGCACUUGCUGCCACAAGACCUGCUGCUACUGCAGCCUUGCCAGUCUUCCUACUGCUACUGUCAGGAGGUGCUGGACCGUCUCAUCCAGUGUGGGCUCCUGGUUGCUGAGGAGACCCCAGGAUCCCGGCUGGCAUGCGACACAGGGCGACAACGUUUGAGUGCCAGGCUGCUGUGGAAACCGAGUGGGGACUUCACCGAUAGUGACAGUGAUGACUUCGAGGAGGCUGAGGGCCGGUACUUUAGGCUCAGUCAGCAGUCACGCUGCCCCGACUUCUUCCUCUUCCUCUGCCGCUUGCUCAGCCCGCUGCUGAAGGCCUUUGCACAGGCUGCCGCCUUCCUCCCCAUGGGCCAGCUGCCUGACACGGAGUCAGGCUACACAGACCAGCUGCUGCAGUUCCUGCGGGCCACUGCCCAGGAGGACGGGUUCUUCGAGUGUGCCGACUCAGGUCUUGCCAUCAGGGCUGUCUGGACCUUCAGAGACUUGGGGGUGCUACAGCAGAAGCCCAGCCCUGCAGGCCCCAUGCUACAUCUGUCUCCGACGUUUGCCAGCCGGGACAAUCAGGAAAAGCUGGAACAAUUCAUCCGACAGUUCGUUUGCAGCUAGAACUGUGGGGUGAAGCCCAUGCUGAGACUUCUUGCCCCAGAACAUGGCCGUGUCCUGAAGCCAGAGGCAGAAGUGGCUGCACACCCUUGGCUGGACUAUUAAAUUGUUGAGUUUGACUGUCCCUUGUCGUAUCUUGCUUUCUUCAUCCUUU